UUCUGUUGAGAAUCUCCUGAAAGAUUUUUACAAUGUUUACUCAAACUUCUGCUAACCCUCUGUUAAGACUUGAUUAUGACUUGAUUAGCCCAAUAUUUUAAAUCCUUUUCUUAAUUCUCGGCGUCCUUGCUCCUUAUUUGUCUUUCUUCUCUCUUUAAAUUAUCAUCCCUUUUCUUCUUCUUCGUCUUUGGUGUGAGUAAAUAUCCAAGAAUAUUCGUUUAGUCUUCACUAGUGCUCUUAACGCUGGAUAUUGUUUGUUUCUUUGUUCAAUACGAAUAGGAAAAUUUCAUCAUUUUUUGGCUCCAGUUUCUAAUUUUCAUCACAUCAUCCUUUUUUCGGAUGAUUUUCAAUUCCAUGUCCAUUAGUGCCAUUGAUUUACUAUUAUUUACAUCAUAAUGUUCAUAACUGACUGUUCAAUAUUCAACAUGUUAUUUACUUUCAACUAUGUAAUUCUAAUCUUGUUUUGUAUACCAAACCAAGGUUAUUCAUUCAAAAUAAAUAAACGUCAAACUGAUCUUAAUGAAGCUGAAUUGUGCAAAGGGCGACCAGGCAAUGAAUAUUUUCGAUUAUCAGCUGAUGAAGAUUGUCGUGAUGUAGUUAGAUGUUCUGUUCAAGGCUUACUUGCUUUGAGAUGUCCUUCUGGACUGGCCUUUGACAUCGAUCGUCAGACUUGCGACUGGAAAAAUAAUGUUAAAAAUUGUGGUCAACUUGAAAAACCUCGUUUGGCAUUACCUAGACUAUCGACAGAUACUCCGAUCUGUGAUACUGGUAAACUGGCUUGUGGUGAUGCUGCCUGCAUUGAGAAGGAACUGUUCUGUGAUGGCAAACCUGAUUGUGCUGAUGGAUCCGAUGAAAAUGUUUGCACUCUUGAUAAAGACCCAAAUCGAGCACCUCCUUGUGACCCUGCCGUAUGUGUCCUACCUGAAUGUUACUGCUCGAUUGAUGGAACUCAAAUUCCUGGUAAAUUGGAGCAAAGUAAAGUACCUCAAAUGGUGAUGAUUUCUUUCGACGAUGCCAUCAACAACAACAACAUCGAUGUUUAUGACAAUUUAUUCAAGAGUGAUCGCCUCAAUCCAAAUGGUUGCUCUAUAAAAGGAACCUUCUUCGUAUCUCAUAAAUAUACAAAUUAUUCAGCUGUCCAGGAGCUUCAUAGACGUGGUCAUGAAAUGGCGGCUCACUCGAUUACUCACAACACAGAUGAGAAAUAUUGGACCACAGCAACUCGAGAAACAUGGGCUAAGGAAAUGGCUGGAGUUAGGUUGAUCAUGGAGCGAUUUGCUAACAUAACAGAUAACUCAAUUGUUGGCCUUCGAUCACCCGCCUUAAGAAUAGGAGGCAAUAACCAGUUCUUCAUGAUGGAUGAGCAAGCUUUCCUCUAUGAUUCAACCAUAACUGCACCCCUGUCCAAUCCACCUCUUUGGCCUUAUACUCUUUAUUUCCGAAUGCCUCACAAAUGCCACGGAAAUGGACAAAAUUGUCCAACUCGAUCACAUCCUGUAUGGGAGAUUGUUAUGAAUGAAUUGGAUCGUCGAGAAGAUCCACAAUUUGAUGAAGAUUUAUCUGGUUGCUCUAUGGUUGACUCCUGUGCCAACAUUUUAUCUGCUGAACAAUUUUACAAUUUCCUUAAUCACAACUUUGACCGCCAUUACAAGACCAAUCGGGCUCCAUUGGGUCUCUUUUUCCAUGCCUCAUGGUUGAAAAGCAAUCCCGAUUUUUUUGAAGUUUUCAUUCAAUGGAUCGAUGAAAUGUUGAAUAAGAAAGAUGUCUAUUUUGUCACCAUGAGUCAGGUUCUUCAAUGGAUGCAAUCACCUACUUCCCUUGAUUCCAUUACCGAUUUCGAAGCUUGGAAAGAGAAGUGCACUGUCUCAGGUCAACCUCAUUGCAGUCUACCCAGUCAGUGUGCACUAAACAGUCGAGAAUUGCCCGGAGAAACCGUUCGUCUUCACACUUGUAUGGAGUGUUCACGCAAUUAUCCUUGGUUAGAAGAUCCAACUGGAGAUUAUUUUGCCUUUAAAUAGUAAAUCACUAUGCGAGAUGAUUUUCAGAUGUUACUUCAUUGUAUUAUCAUUGUACUAAUUUAGGUCAAAGUCUCAUUUUUUGCUCAACAAAAUUGAAUUUUAUCAAUACAUGUAAAGUUAUGAAUUUUUCUGCAAAUUGAACAGAAUAAUGUUUUGUAUGCUUUGUAAUACAAGGUUAUCUUUUUGUAUUCAAUAAUAACCUGACCAUUCAGUUAACAACGCCUUAGUCUUUUCUGUAUUAUUUUUAAUAUUUGUAAAAAAAUAUUUGGUCAUCUUAAAC